CGGCGCUGUACUGACUGUGCAUGUAUGUGUUCUUGGGCGAUACAUGGAUAUGCAUUUGCAGACCGAUUUCUGAGAAUGAGAGAUUGCUAGGAUUAUUUUAGAGAUCCAGAGAGAAGCGAAGGAACGAACGACAAAGAAAAAAUGUCUAUGCUCUCGGACGAUCAGCUGUCAGAGCACCGGGACGCAUUCGGGCUCUUCGACAGAAAAGGAGAUGGCAAGAUCGAUGUGAGCCAACUGGGUGAUGUGUUGCGAGCUCUUGGUCAGAAUCCAACCAAUGCAGAGGUGAAGAAGCUGGCAGGUGAUAUAAAAUCAGCUGAUCACCGCCUAAGCUUUGAAGACUUCCUGCCCAUUUUCAACUCAGUACGCUCCAAGAAAGAAGCAGGAUCUCAGGAGGCGUUUAUCGAAGGUCUGCGCGUCUUCGACAAGGAUGGAAACGGCACUAUAAACUCUGUCGAGCUCAGACAUGUACUGACGAGUUUAGGUGAGAAGUUGAAUGAAGAGGAGGUUGACCAGCUGCUGACUGGAAUGGAGGACUCGAAUGGACAAGUGCAAUACGAAGAAUUUAUCAAGACCAUCAUGUCUGGUUAGAGAGGCAAGAAUUCACUGCAAACCCGCACCACCACCACCGCCACCAGCAGUGUACCAGUGCAGUGACGGAUACUUACUGAUCGUCUGCACAUCCAAUGUGCCCUGGUUCGUUGUAACCUGGUUCAUCAUGCAACCACACACAGUCAACGAAACAUGAGCGGCCCAACUUGCUCGAGUUUUAUGCUAGAUUCACUUUUCCUUUUCUGCAUCUGCCCAAACAGAUCUUAGCCCUUCUUUUGUGCCUCCCACAUACGAUAGUUCUUUUCAUAUUUUGCUUCUGAAUUUCAAAUUACAGAACUGUCACUAAGAUAUAUGCCCCUUGUUAGUAUGUUACCAUGGUUAUGAGCACCUCCGAAGCAAA